AUGGCCAAGGCUCUGCCACGUGUCAACCUGGCGGAGGUGCAGCACGCGCUCUGCAUGGCGGUGGGGCCGAUGCGCGAGGCGCAGUACCUGCAGCUGCUCGGCGAGUAUCUUAACAUGCGCCUGUCGAAGCGCGAACUUGAUCGGCUCGUUCCCGCCACUCUCGGCUCCGAAAACGUCUUUUUGCACAACUCGUUCGUCCGCGCCGUCUUCGCUUCCGCCUGCGCCAGCGACGCCCCGCCCCCGAACGCCACCCGCGCGGACGCCGCCGCCGCCAAUGCUGCCAGCGCCUGGGCUGCGGGGAUCGCGGACCACGCGGCGGCGGCGGCAGGAGGCAGCGCGGAAGGCGAUGCGAGGAAGCAAGGCGCGGGCGGCGGAGGCGGGGCAGGCGCAGGCGCGGGGGGGAUGUCCAGUGGCGCGUUUGAGGGCGCUCUUCCGCCGUUGGCGGGCUUCGACCCGUCUUCCGCCUCACCGUUCGCGCAAGACGCGGGCAUGGAUCGGGAGAACGGAUACGAUGCGCCGUCGCAGCCUUCGCCCAAGCGCCAACGGGGCCUGGCAGCGCGGGAUCGGAAACAAGCCGCCGCUGCUGCCGCCGCAGCCGCCGCCGCCGCCGCCGCCGGUGCCGCUGGUGCCGCCGGUACUGGCGAUUCGGGUGCAGCAGGGUCUGAUGGUGGCCUAAGAAAGAGGAUUUAUGGAAGGACUUCAGACGGAAUCGUCCCAGCGAGCCCUGCUGCUGACGAUGCUGCCUUUAACGAGUACGCCGACCCUUCCUCGCCCGGCGCCGUGGCUGCCGCUGCGGGUGGCCCGGGCGCGGCGGCGACGCCGCCUCCUGCGGGACUGGCUGGCUCGCGCAUGGCUUCCGCGGAUGCGCGCAUCAACGGCGCAGCAACAGGCGCAGGCGGGGAUGCGCACGACGGCGCAGGCGGGGAAGCUUCCGCGCGCCCGUUGAAGCGGCUCAAGAUGGGGCGCGCAGGUGCUGGCGGAAGAUCCGCGCGAAUGGAAGCGGCUGGCGCGGAUAGCAGCAGGGGGGAAGGGAUGGAGGACGGGGACUGGGCUCUCCCCGCAGACGGGGAAGGGGACUGGGGGGACGGCGGCGCAUCUGGGGGGGCUGCGGGAUUGUGGCCCGCGCGUGGGGAGCCGCAUGGGGAGCAGCAGGGGGAUCGGCGCGCUGGGGCUGGCGGAAAGGGCAGGCCGCCCCUUCCGCCGCCAGGGGGACUGGCUCCGCUGCCCCCUGUGUGCUUGGCGCAAGCAUGGAUGGGGGAGCAACAGGCGGAGCUGCUAGGGCUACCGCUGGGCCGAGUGUGGGGGGACCAGGAGGUGAAACGAGAGGCGGGCGAGGGGGAAGAGGAGGAGAGAAUCCAUCGAGGAGAGGAAGACGCGGAGGAAGAGGACGGGAAAGGAACACCAGCAGCAGCAGCGGCGGCAGCAGCCUCAGCAGCAGCGGCGGCGGCGGCGGCAGGGGGUAUGGGAGGCGCGCCAGAGAUCAGCAGGGAGACGGAGGCGCGGCAGAAAGCGGCGCUGGAUGCGUUUCUGUCCGUUCCGCUGUCCGCCCCGCUGGGGAUCCCCUUCCUCGCGUCCAGUCGGGGGGGCGCGGCGGUUCCCGUGGCCCCGCGCCCCCCGCCCGGCAUGCCCCUCACGCACACGCUCCUGGGGUGCCCGCUGGACUCCGCCAACUGGCCGCUCCGCCAGUCCUCCGCGGCGGACGCCGCCGCCGCCGCCGCUGGUGGUGCUGGUGGUGCAGACGAUGUCGCGCCUCAUUUAUUAUCAUCAGGAGGAGAAGGGGAAGCAGGUGGAGGAGGAGGAGAAGGAAGAGGGGGGAGGAGAGCAGGGCGGAGGAGGCAGGGGGGGAGAGGGGGAGGAAGAGGAUCCGGGGGGUGUUUACCUACGAGUGACGCGCUGCUGGUGCGGAUGCGGCAGGUGGCGAUGAGAGAGAGCGGGCUGGCGGGCGGAGUGAGCGCGGAAGCAGCAGAGGUGGUACAGAGGGCGCUUAUCUUGCAUCUUACUAAUAUCAUCCGCUCCUGUGCUGCAGUUGGCCGCUCCGCUGCUGCUGCUGCUGGCGCCAUUGCUGCUGCUGCUGCUGAUAGCAGGGGGGGUGGUGGUAGUGGCGGUGGUGGUUGGGGGGUCGGGGGAGGGGCUGGGGACGGGAAGGGCGGCGGGGGGAGGCUGCCCCUUCCGCCUCUUGCGCUGCUCGCGCGCGCCAAUGCUGUCACGGGCGCUGCUGCGGACAGGAGAGGAGUGUUCGGGGCGGCGGUGGGGUGGGGGGAAGGAGGAGGGAGAGGAGGAGGAGAGGGGAAUCUGGAGCUUGGGUUUUCGAGUUUACAUGUGGGGGAUUUGCCUGGUUGCAACCCUACUGCCCACGGGUCUGGGUCUGGGCUUAUGUUUCCGCCGGCUCCGCUGCUCUUCUCCUCCCCGUCCCUCUGCCCGCUUGGGUUGGCCAUUUUAGGGCAAAGUGCCGCAGCUGCUGGUGUGGCGCGAGGGAGUGGGUUGGGGAUGGGGCGAGCAGGGGGGAAAGGAAUGGGCGCAAGGAGACGAAGAGGGAGGUUUUUGGGAGUGGGGGGGUGGGAAGGUGGGGUGGAGGGGGGUGAGGAGGGGGAUGAGGAGGAGGAGGAAGAGGAUGAAGUGGGAGAUGAUUUUGAUGGUGAUGGUGUGGGAAGGGAGGGGGGACAGGAGGAGGAGGAAGAGGGGGAGGAAGAGGAGGAGGAUGAGGACGAGGAGGAAGAGGAAGAUGAGGGGGAGGGGGUAGAGGGGGCGGGGGAAGAGGAGGAAGAGGAGGAAGAGGAGGACGAGGAGGAGGAGGAAGAGGAGGAGGACGAGGAAGGAGAGGGGGACGAGGGGGGAGAGGAGGGGGAUGAGGAGGAUGAGGAGGAGGAGGGGGUGGAAGGAGACGAGGAGAAGGAGCGAGGGGAAGGAGAGGAUGAGUUGAAGGAACAACAGAUGGGUAUGGGCUUAAUGGCCGGUUGGCAGCAGCAGAACCAGCAGUCGUGGCAGCAGCUGCAGUGGCAGCAAGUGCAGGGGAAAGGACGGACAGGAAUCAGUGAGGAGGAUGCACUGAUGAAUCAGCAGCAGCAGCAGAAUGGGCUCAUGUAUGGACUCAACGGGCAGGCACAGCUUCAGUUUCAGCAGCAGCAGCAGCAGCAGCAACAGCAACAGCAGCACGGCUGGAAACAGGACCAAUGGCCUCAAAAUCAACCUCAAACUCUCCCUGACCAAGAGCAGCAGCAGCAGCAACAACAACAGCAGCGGCAGUCGCAGCAGCAGCAGCAGCAGCAGCAGCAGCAGCAGCAGCAGCAGCAGCAGCAGCAUCUAGGUGGCACGAAACGGCAGGGGAGUUGCAGCAGCGGCAGCAAGGGCAGGGGCGGCGGCAGGCAUGGCAAGGUGACGGUGACAGUGGAGCUGCUGCUGCUGGCGCUGGAGGUGGCGCCUGAGGUGUUUGGCACUCUCCGGCUCUCCACCUCUCUGCCUUUCCACCUCUCCAGCUCUCUGGCUCUCCGGCUCUCCAGCUCUCCAGCUCUGCCCCUUGCCGUGGCUGCCCAGUGCGCGUUCUCACACGGUGCAUGA